AUUUAUGAACUUGUAUCCAAGGCCGUAAAAUAAAUUAAAAAAAAAAUAAAAUCUAUGUCUAAUACUCCUUGUCCUUGGUGAUAUUGAUAAGUCUUAUCUUUAUUUGACGUCUGUGACUUGUGAGUCUUAUCAAUAACAAUAGAUGUGAGAUAACCUAUUAAAACUUUGCAUAGUAAUAAUUCUUUCGUAAAAUAUUAAUUAACUGAAAAUUAUAUUUUAUAUAUAAUAAAAUAAAAUGAGUCGCCACUUGAAAGCUUUAAUUGGGCCUAGUAUUCUCAAUGCAGACUUAUCGAAGCUAUAUGAAGAAUCUCAAAAGCUCCUGGAUAAUGGUGCGGAUUAUUUACACUUAGAUGUUAUGGAUGGACAUUUCGUCCCCAAUCUAACAUUCGGACAUCCAGUAGUGAAGUGUCUGCGUGGUAAAAUAAAGGAUGCCUUUUUUGAAACCCAUAUGAUGGUGUCAAAUCCAGAGCAGUGGAUAGUUCCUAUGGCUGAUGCAGGUGUUAAUCAGUAUACAUUUCACAUUGAACCAGUAAAUAAUGUUGAAGAUGUUUGCAGAAAAAUAAAGGAGCAUGGCAUGAAGGUUGGAGUAGCAAUCAAGCCUGGUACACCAGUAGCUGAUGUUGAGAAAUACAUAAAUAUGGCUGACCUAGUGCUUAUAAUGACAGUGGAACCUGGUUUCGGAGGGCAAAAGUUUAUGGAAAAUCAAAUGGAAAAAGUAAAAUAUCUAAGAGAAAAUUAUCCAUUACUGGACAUUGAGGUGGAUGGUGGAGUAGGUCCUUCAACAAUAAAUUGUUGUGCUAAUGCUGGGGCCAAUUGGAUUGUAUCUGGAACAGCUGUAAUUGGGGCUGCUGACCAGUCUGCAACUAUUAAUUUUCUGAGAGAUGCCGUGAAUAAUGCCAUUAAUAAGAAAUGAUUUUUUACUUGAACUUUAUUUUUAGAAAUAACUAAACAUACAAUGUUAUAUACAGAGAAGUAAAUAGACUGAUUAAAGAGCCAUUUGAUACUGUUAAAAGAAUGACAAUAUUAUAGAACAAAGCUAUCCAAGCUUGCUCAUGGUAAAAUACUGCCAUAUAAAAAUUGGCAUACUCCAAGAGCUAUCAUACAUACUACCAAGUAUGCAUGAUAGACAAUUUUUUUGUCUAUUUCCUUUAUUUCUGUCUAUUUACCUCUUUGUUUAUGGUUUACUGUAAGAAUAUUGCUAGUGGGAAAAAUAGAUCUAAUUAAGUGAAACUAUAAACAACUGUGGUGCUAUUUAUAAGUUUUUAUUAUAAAAGAAGAAAGUACCAACUUAGUACACAUUCCUAUAAAGUAAUAAGAUAAAAAUUUUGUACUUUUAUAAAAUAAAAUACCUUUCUGUA